AUGGCGCAAUGGAGUAAGCCACGAUCACUUCCAGCCGGUCUGCGGACACAAUUGACAUUGGACAGACUGACAAGUCGUGCGGUGCCCCUCGUCAUACAAUCAUUCCCAACACCACAACCCAGGACACUGGCUGUCCAUCAUGUCCACACGAACCUCCUUGUCGGCACAUCGGCAUUCUUUCGUCGUCAGCCCCUGCCGCCUGCACCGUGGCGGAGUGAUGAGAUUGGACUUGUCAAUUUCAAAAUCUAUGUCGACUGGCUAUACACCGGUGCCGUAUGCAGCCGAGAGGAGGAUCCCCGGUUAUGCGAGUACGCCCGCCUCGCCCGGCUGUACAAACUCGGAGUCCAGCUGGAAGACGUCACUUUUCAAACCGCAGUCGCUGAUGCUUUCCUGGAAAAGGUGAUUGAGGAAGUGGCGAAGCCAGCACCGACACUUCCAAGUUCACCAUGCCUCCAGCAAGCAUUCUGGGAGUCGGCCACGCCCAACCCGAUCCGGAGGCUCGUCGCGGAGAUCUACGCUCGGCACGGUAGUCAAGAGCAAGUUGAGGCGCUGCUCACUCAGAUGGGGUUUGUGCCAGCUGCGCAUAACUUCCUCCAGGCUUAUGGCCGGGCACUGCGAGAAGUGCGUAUGAGGAAUCCGGGGAGUGUGGCGACUUUGAGAGGAUGUCAGUUGCACGAUCAUGAUGCGGAUGAGCAGUGUCCUCUCCAGACACAUUCGAGGACACAGAGGCGUGUCAACGGCUGA